UGGAUACAGGUCAUACACUUCCCCCAUAUUGACUUUUGAUAGUAGACUUGCUGUCAGUUGCACCAACCAGAGGCACAGCUAUUUCUAUCUAAAUCUGUUUCUAUUCUUUUGCUGCCACCUUUUCUUUAACGGAGGAGUGCAUUAUAAGCUUGAAGUCUGAAAUCUUCACAUUAUUUGAAGAGUGACUGAAUGAAAAUGAAGGGAAGUUCCCAAGAUAUUUCCACAAAUUCCGUUCGACUAAAGAAAGAAAUCUCACUUCUACAUGGAGUUAGUUUGGUCAUUGGUAAUACCAUUGGUGCAGGAAUAUUUGUUUCACCAAAGGGAGUUCUAAUGUACAGUGGCUCCUAUGGCUUGUCCUUGAUCAUCUGGACUCUGGGGGGGCUGUUCUCUGUGAUUGGAGCUCUGUGCUAUGCAGAGUUGGGUACGACAAUCCAUAAAUCUGGUGCAAGCUACAUUUAUAUAAAGGAGUCAUUUGGUGGCUUUUUGGCCUUCCUAAACCUGUGGACUAACAUGUUGAUAAUCUAUCCGGCUAGUCAAGCUAUUCUCUCAGUGACAUUUGCCCAGUACAUGAUUGAACCAUUUUUUCCUACCUGUUCUUUACCUCAGUCAGCAGUCUUCCUCCUUUCAGUAGUAUGCGUUGUAUUUUUAACAGCGGUGAAUUGUGCAAAAGUCAAAUGGGGAGCCACCCUCCAAGUGAUGGCAACUUUUGCCAAGGUCUUAGCUUUGGUCAUCAUCAUUGUUGCAGGAAUUGUGAGAUUAUGUCAGGGUAACACCUAUAAUUUGGAAAGAUCAUUUGAAGGCUCUAAAAUCAACAUAGGGUCAUUAACUAUGGCCUUCUACUCAGCUUUGUAUUCUUUUUCUGGCUGGGAUUGUAUCAAUUAUGUAACAGAAGAAAUGAAAAAUCCAAAGAGAAACCUGCCAUUAUCUAUGGUGAUAUCUAUGCCGCUGGUGACAAUUAUCUAUGUCAUGACAAACAUUGCAUACUACACAGAGUUGGAUCUGAACACCAUCAUGGACAGCAGUGCAGUAGCUGUGACUUUUGCUGAAAGAGUUCUUGGAUUUGUAAAGUGGUUCAUCCCCAUCUCAGUGGCCAUGUCAUGUUGCGGUGGAUUAAACUCAGUAGUCAUUUCAUCAUCAAGACUGUUUUUUGUCGCUUCCAGGGAAGGACAACUCCCUGAUUUUCUCUGCAUGAUCAACAUCAAUAGAUAUACUCCUGUCCCUGCCUUACUUUUUAAUGGAUUGAUGGCCAUUGUGUUCCUUUGUGUGGAUGAUGUCUUUCAGCUCAUUGAUUACUUCAGCUUUUCUUACUGGUUAUUUAUUGGCCUAUCAGUGGCUGGUCAAAUUUAUUUAAGGGUCAAAAGACCAGACUUGCCAAGACCUGUGAAGCUGAGCUUGUUCUUCCCAGUGCUGUACUGCAUCUGCAGUGUAUGUCUGGUAGUGGUUCCUCUCUACAGUGAUCCCAUUGAUUCUUUGGUUGGAAUUGCUGUUGUUGUUUCGGGGGCUCCUGUAUACUACAUCUGUCUUCAUCUUCCUUCAGAAAAACAACCAGCAUUUGUGAAGAAAUUCUUAGGUAUAAUUUCCCUGUAUACACAAAAGCUAUGCAUGUGCUGCCCUGCCGAAUCUGCUGAUAAGUGGGAAUAAAAAGCUCCUGCAAACGUCACAUGACAACGUGUACAACCUGUAGUGUUUAAGGAGGAGUCCAGACUAAAGUGACACACUAUGUAUUUUAGGCCUAAUUCACACAGCGCCAACUCAGGUCCUGCACUAUAUUUUAUAAAUAAUACAAUGAAUGUAUUUGUACAUUUUUAUUAUUUAUUGUCAAUAAAAUUACAUUUGUCAUCUGUCACAAUAUAGGCCAUC